AUUGUUUGGUGAACAAUUGUUUAUAGAUUUGGAGAAUCCAAGACACUAAAGUCCUCUUGUUAGAUGGGGUCAGAUCAGAAAGUUCAUGUAUUUGAGGAGGUUGCAAAGCACAACAAGACCAAAGAUUGUUGGCUUAUUAUCAGUGGAAAGGUGUAUGAUGUGACUCCAUUUAUGGAAGAUCAUCCAGGUGGUGAUGAAGUUUUGCUUUCAGCAACAGGGAAAGAUGCAACGAAUGACUUUGAAGAUGUCGGCCACAGUGAUUCUGCUAGGGAGAUGAUGGAUAAAUAUUACAUUGGAGAUAUUGAUCAGUCAACAGUUCCUCUUAAACGUGCUUACAUUCCUCCACAACAAGCCCCAUACAAUCCAGACAAGACUUCAGAAUUUGUUAUCAAAAUUUUGCAAAUCCUUGUGCCCCUCUUGAUUUUGGGCUUAGCCUUUGCUGUGCGACACUACACCAAGGAGAAGUAAAUCCGUCACAAUCUAAUUUGAACUGUUUGAUUUACAUAGUUGUCAAUUGACACUUGGUUUAUAGUUCAUCAAGGAGCUGAACUUUGAUUAUCAGUUUGUAUGUGCUUCACAGUUGCCAUUCGUAGUGACCUCUUUGUAAACAAUAGACUUCACUGGGUUUAUGUCUAUGAUAUUUGACAGACGUCCUUCUCUA